GCGUCGUUCGCGUGAAAGCCUCGAGGGGGAUCAAUAAAUUGAAUGAUCGGGGUCAUCCAACGACGCGAGCAAUCGGGAUCGGUAACUUUUUUUACAGACAACGGUUGGCAAUACUUCCUACUUGGCUAAAGCCGUUCGCUCUCGUACGAGAAUACAUCAAGUGGACUCGACUUUGACCGCCAUUUCGCAUCUCUUUUCUUCGUCGCGAGACUCGUUACUUUCUUUCCCUCUCCCUUUUGUUUUCGAUUUAAUUCGCAAAAACGGCGCACUUACACAAGAUGGUUUCAUCUAAUCAGCCGCGGAAAACAAAAAUAUUUGUGGGGCGGUUGCCAGAAAAUUGUCGCAACGAUGAAUUGCGGCAAUUGUUCUUGCGCUUUGGUGAGGUGACAGAAUGUGAUGUUAUGAAUCGAUACGGUUUCGUCCACAUGGCACGAGAAGAGGAUGCAGCUGCGGCAAUUAAGGCACUUCAUAAUUCCAACUUCAAAGGAGCGACGAUCAACGUGGAACAGUCAACCGGGAAGUCACGCGGAGGUGGAGGAGGACGCCGAGAUGACCGAAGAGGUGGACCAAUGAGAGGUGGUAGGGGGGGACGAGACGGUGGUAGAGACGCUCGUCCUGGACCAUACAAUGAUAGAAGAGUUCUUCCGAUCCAACUCGUUGGUUACGAUGGAUCUGCUGCAGGUGGCGUCGCGACCGGGUACACCGAUUACAAUCGUGGAGCUGGCGACUUUAGCGGCCGUGGGGCGGACUUUGGUACUGGCUAUGCUGACCGUGGGGCUUAUGGUCAGAACGUGGGUGGCGCGGCGAUGGGUUACACCUCGACGGCGCCAGGAAUGGGUGGCGGAUAUGGACCAGCUGCCGGUGCCGUAGGAGGAUAUGGACCGACUGGUGCAGCGGAUUAUGGACGAACGGCUGAUUAUGGUCGUGCCGACUUUGGUGCUAGAACAGACUAUGUAGUUGGUGGUGGUAUGGCCGGAGAUUUCAAUCGUGGUGCACCUGGUCCAGUAGAUUAUGGUCGUACCGAUAAUUUUGGUGCCAGUCGCACAGUCGAUUACACAGCUAGAAAUGAUUAUGACCGAAGUGCAACUGGACCAAUGAGAAACGGUGGUGGUGCCGUUGCCACUACUGGAUAUGGAACUGGGUACACUGAUGUGGGAUAUGAUGAGAGUCACUGGGGUUAUCCGGGCGGGCCAGGGGAUAUGAUGGGUGGGCCUGGGGGGGUAAGUCAGGGAGCUGCAAUGGUCUACGAAAGGAGAGAUGGUCCUUCUGGUAAUGAUAUACCUCCAUUUAACAGGCCCAUGAGCACUGGACCUAGCUACAGCACUGGAGCACCUAGCUACAGCACUGGUCCAGGACCACAAGCUGAUAUGUUUAGUAGAAGACCUGGCAGUGCCGUACCCAGUGGUGGAUAUCCACCAGUAGCUGGCGGUUAUGCCGAGGGAUAUGACAGACCAGAUGCAUAUGGUCCUCCACGUGGCGGCGGACGCUUCCCAGGUCCGGCAGACGCGAUGCCACCGAGGUACUAAAAGUAUACUAAAGCAAACAUGCUAGCGCAUGCGAAAGGCAACCGUAUAAAAAAAAAUCAUAAAAAAAAAUCACCGCCUUUUAAGCAGCGAUCAUUCGCUUAUGGAUUCGAUUACCUAGGAACUGCCCUCUGCGUCCGACAUUGAGUCCAUAUAUGAUUAUUAUGAAAAACAUAUAUAUAACUUAUAAUGUUUAAUUAUAUCAUAAGAUAUGGUAAGAAUAAUCUACUUAUCAGUGGAUGAUAUAAAUUUGGUCAAAAUUGAAGAAAAUUUAUUAUUAAUUCAUAAUGAUAUAUGUCUAUUAUGUUAGUCCAUUGUGUGUUUGAAAAGAAUUUUUGGUAGAUUAUUCAUGUAGUUUGGUUUUUUUUUUCUUAUUAUCUUUUUCUAUGAAUAAAUAAAAUCGAAUGUUAUCUAAUGUGGGUGAAUAUUUCCCUUGACUUAUAAUUUUCUUAAUGCCCACAUUGUAGCAUAGGUAAUUUACACUAUAGCUUUAAUUCUACAAAAGGUGACUUAUACUAUUGAUAAUGAUACUGUACAAUCUUUUUUUUAAUACUUAAAAGAAAGGUCGAAUAUAAUAUUUUAAAUGUUCAUUCAUGAAAAGCAGAGAAACUUAGAUAUAUAAUAACAGUUAUAUCAUACAUUUAAUGUACCUUUAUAUAAAAGAAAUAA